AUGCGGAUUGCCUUGAUUGUCUCCAUCUUUCUUGUCCUGGCGAUCAUUUUUGUGACCGCUCGACUAUGGACUAGAUUCAAAAUUCUCAAGGCGCCUGGGUAUGACGACUUGAUGAUUAUCCUAGCACUGAUAUGCGCAAUUUCGCUCUCUGCGAUGGUCUUUGUCGAGCUGCGCUACGGACUCGGGAAACCAGGAGAGACACUUUCCAAAAGCAGCUUUCAGGAACAUCUUUUCUUCCUAUGGCUUGCUAUUCCUCUUUAUAAUACUGCGCUCAUCCUAGCCAAAUUGUCUGCUUUGAUCUUUCUUCUGCGCAUCUUCCGAGCACGAAGAUUUGUGAUCUUCACAUAUGGCUUCAUGGCCGUUCUCACUGCUGCGGGGCUAUGGAUACUAUUCAGCUCAAUUUUCUUCUGUCGACCUAUACACAAGUUCUGGGACGUGUCGUAUCCCAGUGAUAAGGGUUACUGUCUACCAAGGCAGCCGACCUGGUAUUUCAACGCAGGAUUUCAGAUCGCUUCAGAUAUGAUCAUCUUGGUCAUGCCGAUGCCUAUGCUAUGGAAGCUUCAUUUGCCCUGGCGGCAGAAAGCGGGUAUUAUCGCUGUCUUUGGCACGGGCAUUGUUGUGAUUGCCAUCAGUAUAGCCAGGACGCUUGAGCUCAGACUACUCUUCCUUUGGGAUUUCAGCAAAAACAACGGCAAAGCAGCCACAUGGUCGUCUCUGGAAGCCGACGUGUCCAUCAUUUGCGCUUGCAUGGCACCGAUGCACCCCUUACUAUCCCGCGUCUUCUCCUGGUGCUUCCGCCCACAGCCACUUCACUCAUCCCCCGCGACAAAAACCCGAUCUGUCUCUGGAACGACUGCCCAUCUUACAUCCUCACGGAAGCAUUCUAUCUAUGACCCGAACUGUCCGGAUGGGGGUAUGCAGUAUCAGGAUUACUUCCUUUGCGGCCCCGGCUCCUACACCGCAAGCGUGUCCAAAAUUGACACGAAUGAGGACGCCCUCGGCCACCCUGGCGGUUCAGAUGGAGAUGGCAUCCGGGUUGUCAGAGAAUUGAGAAUGGUCUCGGAUGUGGCUCCUACUCCACCAAUCUUGACUCCUGGAUGGGAUCAAAGUCGGGAUAUUGAGAUGGAGGCCGGCUUCCAUUUCAUGUCGCGAGCUACGCAAGCUACGCAGUCCGCGGACGGCAUCAAUCAUCAUGACUUUCAAUACGAGUGCGACUUGGGAGAUUUUGAGUUUCCUGAUUAUAAAGAGCGGAUGAAUGCCCCUGUAUGA